GUCAGAGGGCACGCACGCAACACGGGCCUUGCGUCGUGACGCACUUCCGGUCCUCUCCGAGGUUCCCCCUCUGUGCUCUUCACCGUCGCGCCGUGAACUGGAUGUUUUGGUGAAAAAUUACGGUGUCGAAAAGCGACGUGAACACGUUUUACACAUGACGUUCGAAACGAGCGGGACCUAAAGCGGCGCGGCGGCGGGAAGAGGCGCGCGUGCGGCGACGGUUUCCGCUCAACUCGACAUCACGUAUCCCUCCGCAUGUCCGCUUUCUUCGUAGAUGGUCUCCGGCGAGCGUGUGUCUGGCGGCGGACGACGAGUUCUCGACGUGUAACAUGAAGGAGAUGAUUGGCGGUUGCUGCGUGUGCUCCGACGAGAGGGGCUGGGCGGAAAACCCGCUGGUGUACUGCGACGGACACGGCUGCAACGUAGCCGUGCACCAAGCCUGCUAUGGCAUUGUUCAGGUGCCCACUGGUCCUUGGUUCUGUAGAAAGUGUGAAUCUCAAGAGAGAGCAGCCCGUGUGAGAUGUGAGCUGUGUCCCCACAAAGAUGGAGCCCUAAAGAGGACAGACAACGGAGGCUGGGCCCAUGUAGUUUGUGCCCUUUACAUACCUGAGGUGGAGUUUGCUAAUGUUUCAACUAUGGAGCCCAUAGUUCUCCAGUCUGUGCCACAUGAGCGCUACAACAAGACAUGUUAUAUAUGUGAGGACCAGGGCAGAGAGAGUAAAGCAGCCACUGGAGCCUGUAUGACCUGCAACAAACACGGCUGCAGACAGGCCUUCCAUGUCACAUGCGCCCAGUUUGCAGGGUUGUUAUGUGAGGAACAAGGAUCGGAUGCAGACAACGUCAAGUACUGUGGAUACUGCAAAUACCACCACAGCAAAUUGCGAAGGAGCAGGGGCCGUGGUAGUAGGUCUCAAAGCUUAAGUGACUCUUCCUCUCAGUGUAUGGAUAGACCCCCAGACACGGACAAGAAGAAACACAAGGAGCGAGACAGGCACAAACCAAAACACAAGAAGACCCCCAUGGACAUGUCCCCGUCCCUUGUCCUUCCAAAUAUCAUGGUCCCAGACAAGACCUUCAUCAGCAGCAGCUCAGGGGGUGGCGUCCCCUCCCUGCCUGCAUCCUCGCAGAAGCGACUUGACGACGGCACUGCUCGUUUCACCAACGCCAACUUUCAGGAAGUGUCUUCCGUUCACUCCAGCGGUGGCUCCAAAGACGGCCUGGCUGCAGACACUGGGAAAACAGCUGCUGAGGUGAAGAAUAAGAAGAACAGCGGCGGGAGUCACACGGUGGGACAGAGGGGCGGCCGCAAGUCUCUCACCUCCUCAGGGAAACCCCUUCCCUCCGCCGUGGUCACCAUGGCAACCUCCUCCACAUCUGCCUCUGCCUCCACUGGGCCUUUCCACCAAGGCCUCCUGUUGACCAGUGCCAGCAAGACGCCCUCUGCCCCUUCCUCUUCAGACUUCCUGAGUUUCUCUGACUCAUCGUUGCGUUCCGGGGGUGGAACUACCUUUUCCUCGCCGCCAUCGUUCAGCAGCUGCCUUGUGAAGCCGAGCUCGGAAAGCGGCGCUUCAGAGGGAACCACAACACUUUUUGGGUCUCUUGUGUCAGCUACUACAGCUUCUGCAGUGGGCGGGAAGCUGUAUGAGAAUUCCCACAGUCACACUGCAAGCGAGACGACAAGCCUCAGUGGGUCCACUGGAUACAAACGGCCCCAGCCCUCUGGUCCAGGGCCAGGCAUCGGCGGAGCAGUGGCGGGAGGAGGGGAAGAUGGGGUAAAGAAGAAAAAGAAGGGCAACUGGCGAAACAGAUUUGGACCUUGCUUCACUACGGAUGUGAAGCCCUCAGAGCCAGCUCCCUCCCUGACUCUCCCUACCUCCUCCACAGCCAACACCUCCUCCACCUCCUCCCCCUCGUCCUCUUCAUCCACGACGCUCUCAGGCCGGCCAGGCUUAGUCUCCAGCAGUGGAUUAGGGGUGGGAGUCGGAGGAGGAGCAGGAGAGAGGGGGCUGGGGGUCAUGGGUGUCAGCGGUGGGAUUCAAAAGUCCCCGUCACUCCUCAGGAAUGGGAGUCUGCAAAGCAACAGCGGCUCCACAAGCACUGGGCCAGGUGUUUUCUCUGGUGCUGAUGGGUCAUCGACGGGGACAGGGGCGGUCACCGUGGGCGUGUCCAGCUCCGAGUUGUCCCAGCAACAGCAACCCACGCCCUCUCUUCCCCCUCCCUCCCCAUUCACCGCCACUGCUCCGCUAACCAGCACAGGCACCACACACGUGAGCAGUAUGCCGGGGUCCGUCUUCAACCUCGCUCCCUCCCACAUGUUUGGCAACAGGCUGAACCCCAACUCGGCCGCGGCAGCACUCAUGGCCCAGUCUGAGGCCUCACCAGCAGAUCAGGAGGUGGGAGACGGCAGCAGCAGCGUCGGAGCUCAGGGCUUCUCCAUAAGAGCUUCUCCCAAGACCACCCCGCGCUCUCCCAUUGGUGGCCUGCAGAUCCGCUAUGACUCCUCGGGGUCGUUGCCGGGGCCGGGUCUGGGGUUGCUAGGGGCGGGGGGAGGCAGCGGGGAGACGCUGCUCCCGGUGGCCACCAGCAUAGAGCAGCUCCUGGAACGGCAGUGGAACGAGGGGCAGAGCUUCCUGCUCCAGCAGGGAGGGCAAGGAGAUGUGGUGGGGAUGUUGAAGUCGCUCCACCAGCUUCAGGAGGAGAACCGGAGGUUGGAGGAGCAGAUCAAAACUCUGACUAUGAAGAAAGAGAGACUGCAGCUUCUCAGCGCUCAGUUAUCAGUGCCUUUCACUCCCACCACAGCCUGCUCUGAUGUGAAAGGAGCCCAGCUUGGAGCCACCGACUCAUCAUUACCUGUUGCAGCUCAGGAUAGUACUUCUUGUGGUGGCCACAGCAGUAGUGGCUCCACCUCCUCCCUCUCCACGCCUCCCUCCGUCUCCCAUAGCCCACCCCAGCCGCAGCUCAAUGGACUCGCCAAUGUGGGGGCAACCCCGGCCGGGCUGGGCGUGGUAGCUGGGCUGAUGGGUGCAAUCGGCACGGGCAGCUCUCUGGGCAUUGGGGGAAUCGUUGGUGCGCUGAACGGGGUCAUCCAGACACCAGCGGGCACCGGCAGCCCUCACCAACACACUAGUGGAGCAGCUACGGGCGUCACGUUGCCGGUCAACAACAGCAGCUCAACAACUAGUAAGAACAGUGCCGCACGGCUUGGUCUGUUGUCUGAGCAGCACAGACUCCUCCUCCAGCAGCAUCAGCUCCAGCAGCUGCUGUCCUCGCAGCCUUCAGCGUGUCUGUUGAUCUCCGUCAGUAAUCUCCCCAUCUGA